CCCCAGGCCCCUCCCCUAGAUCCGCCACUGGUCUCGUUGUUUUCAAUGUGAAUUCUUAAUACACAAGCUGAUGCGAAAAACAAACUUCGGAUAGUUUGUCGGUCCCUGUAUCCCGUGGUGCGUGAGCUGCACUCUUUUUUGAUAAGAAGAUAUUUUGCAAGAAUAUCGAGGCUGAAAUUGUGAACUUUCAAGAAUAUUUUAAUGCACCUUCUGUUUAAUACCUGCGUGGACUGGCGCGAGUAAGUACUACACCGGAAGUAAAGUUGGCGAGCGAAACGGCCGGAAGCAAAGUGUUAGUGCACAUAAAAACACAUAAAGCUUUGUUGACGAGCAAGGCGCUUUCUGAUUACAUCUGCCUGUAUAUGCUAUCGAUAUUCUUGCUUAUAUUCCUCUACAUGAAGAUCGUUGAGCGAUGUUAGAGGCGGUUUGUGUUUAUUUUGAAAAAAAUCCGCAGAGAUUUUUGAUUUAGCGGAACGUGAAAGUGUAGCAGCAGUUUCUGUUGUCGUGGGCCAUUGAUCAGCAAAACAUGGCGGAGGGGAAAUCGGCGGGAAAAGGCUCCUAUGUUUCGCUGUCGAUGGACGACGUGAAAGAAUCGAAAUCCAUUGAAAAGGAGCAUGAAGAAGAAGAAGAGAAAAAAAGAGAUAAUCCUCGUCCGGAAGAAACUCAAAGCGUCUUCGAUGAUUGUUUGAACGAGUUUAAUGAAGUGUUCAGACGAAAAGUCCGAGAUAAGUAUUGCUCAGCAGAGAAUAUUUCCUGGAGUAGUGCAGCUGAUGAAGUUAAAGCUGAACUGUUGACUGCUAGAUACGAAGAGGGUGGCAGGAAACCUUGCGACGAUCCUCUUCUAUUGUUACUCAAGACAUGGCCAGCAAGAGAGGAGUUUUGUGAGAAUCCACAGUUAAUAGAGGGACAGGUAAAUCGCCUUGUUUCAAUAAUCCUCAAGGAAGAUAGAGCAGGAAACAGAAAGUACAAAUACUUCAAGGACAAAGAUGAGCUGUCCUGGAAGACUCCACUUCACUUGGUAGCAGAGCUAAACUACACAACUGUUGCUCAGACGAUUUUAUGUCACUACCCCGGGCAGUUAUAUAUCACCACAAAUCCACAUACUGGAAAUAAAAAUCGCAGAUACAUUCCUCUUGAAUUGGCACUAAUCAAGUACAAUGAUGAGGUAUCUGCUUUGCUAAUAGAGCACAUGAAACCUGAAAGAGUCCUGAGGCUGUUUUCAUGUAGUUUUCAAGACAAUCCUGUCAUCUUUCAUGAGCUGGUGCAACACCCUAACAUGAAGAAAACUGUUGUUGCUGUGCUCAAUUGCAUGGUCAGCCCUGACUGGCGACACUUACCCAAACAUAAAGAUGAUUAUUCUAAACAAUUGAAAAAGGACAUUGAACUAGCCUGGAGUUCAGAACCAAGUGAUCCCAUAAGUUAUCAGUUUCACUAUAAAAUUGUGGAUGGUGAUGAUUGUGGAAGAGAUCCUGCACAUGAUGACUUUAAUUGGAAGACAAAAUCAUGCCUCUUCCUGAUUGCUAACAGCGGAAAUAAGGAAGCUAUCCAACAUCCAGUUAUCAGACAGCUGGUGAAGAGGAAGUGGAUAAAAUAUGGUCAUUUCUGGUUCAGCCUUUUGGCAGGCCUCUACUUGAUGUACCUAUUGCUGUUGUCAUUCACAUUACUGUAUGGCGCAACUAAAGCAGACCCUACACAGUAUAAGGACAAUGCAGAUGGAUUGAGAAUGGUCUGCGAGAUCUUUGUUGUGUUGUGUAUUGUGGCCUAUAUUGCUGAUGAGAUCAACGAGAUUGAAAAGGAACGCUUGAGUUAUUUCAAACGACCACAGAUUUACUUCAAUCUGUUUGACUGGCUUGGAUUAAUCCUAAUUCUUAUUGUCAUUCCUCUUCGUUUUUCGAGACACGAAGCGCAGUGGUUUGUCGCUUCCCUCGGCUUUUUCUUCAAUGUCCUUAGACUGCUAAAGUAUUCUUGUAUCACUCGGGCAACAGGUCUUUACACGAAGACACUAGCCAGGAUUGUGUAUCGCGACAUUUCUCGCUUCACCUGCGUAUUCCUGGUCGUUUUUCUGGCGUUUUGUGGAGCGUUUUUCUUGUCGCUACGAGCAGCCAGCGCGGUGCAAAUAUUUGGUGGAUUUAAGAUGGUGAUGUUAAGUGGUGUUAGAGCACUUGUGGAACAACAACCAGUAGCCGACGAUUACACGAAAUACAAAUGGCUACCAGUGUUGGUGAUUCUGUUGUACAUGGUGGCAGUGGUGGUGAUACUCUUGAAUAUUCUUAUCGCUCAGAUGAGCAGCACUUAUUCCGAAGCCAAGAAAACAGCCAGACUACAAUAUGACGUGGAUAGAAUGCUGAUUAUAACGAGACUAGAACACAGCAGGUUCCAGAAAUUUAAUCUACGUUUGAAGCACUACCAAGAGGACGACAUUAUAGACGAAAUGACCUUAGCAAAAGAUUUCCUAGAGUACAAUGACGAUAGGUCACCUUGGGAGACAGUUGAGGAGAAACUGGAUGAAAUCAGGAAUAUUAUGCGGAAGAUCAUUAAAAGAAUUCCACUGCUUGACGAAGAUAAAGAAAAAUAAAGUAGCCAAUGUUUAGAGGAGCAGAGAUGGC